UAACAUGGUGCGAUUCACACGAUUCACACUGUAAAUUUUGAAUUUCUUCCUAAAAUGUUUGCUUCGUGUCGCUUAUUUACCUUAAAUUCCAAUAUAUUCCUUUUAAGAAGCUUCCGUUCAGUAUACCAAACAACUCGACCUUAUCAACCAAAUUAUGACACGAAUUACCUUCUGAAUCCUGCAAACAUAGAAGAAAUCCUCAAAAAUAUCAAUUGCCGAAAAGGAAUUGGUAACAUCGAGUUGGUGCAUGCGAUAAACGAAGAACUUAAAGCAACACCUGUUGAAAACGCCACAGAACGAACUAACUUGAAACUGAAACUACUAGCAGAAUUGGGAAAAAUUCCUAACAGGACACACCCGGAUGUGUUGAGUUAUGGUGCCAAUCCAAAAGUCGUACAGUACUACAAUGAAAAACCAACGUUUGCCUCCGAGAAAGCAUUUGAGUUUUCUGAAAUCGCGAAAAAAAUGAAUCUUUUGCGAACAGAAAAACUGGGAAAUUUUACUGGUCACAAAUCGUACUACUUGACUGGGGAAUUGGCCGAGCUGGAGCAAGCACUGAUUCAGUAUACUGUGAUAAAACUGUUGACAAACGGGUUCAAACUUAUUACAGUUCCCGAUAUUUUACCGGCUCAAACAAUAGAAAGCUGUGGUAUGAACACUCAUGGCGACCGAAACCAAGUGUACAAGUUAAAUAGCACUCACGACACUCUGUGCCUCUCGGGAACCUCGGAGAUGGCUCUAGCGGGGUAUUUCGCCGGUACUGAGCUGGAAGAAGCAUCGCUGCCUAUUAAACUGACCGCAGUAAGUCGAUGCUUCCGGGCGGAAUCCUCAGGGCUGCACGAAGAGAAGGGAAUUUAUCGUGUUCAUCAAUUCACCAAGGUGGAAAUGUUCUCUGUCUGUCGACCAGAUCAAUCGGAUGCGAUAUUAGAGGAGUUCAAACAUAUUGAAGUCGGUUUGUUCAACGAACUUGGGAUACAUUUCCAACUACUGGAUAUGCCUGCAUGUGAGUUGGGAGCUCCUGCGUAUCGCAAGUAUGACAUCGAAGCCUGGAUGCCUGGUCGGGAGAUGUAUGGAGAAAUAUCGAGCUGCAGUGACUGCACGGAUUAUCAGUCACGAAGACUAGGUAUACUUUAUCGAGCUACGCAGGAUGAUAAGCUCCGGUAUACCCAUACCGUUAACGGUACAGCUUGUGCCAUACCUCGGAUGUUAAUUGCCCUAUUGGAAAACUUUCAAAAUCCCGACAAGACAAUUACAAUUCCCGAACCGCUGCAGCGCUUCAUGCAUGGCAAGAAAACUAUUAGCAGAAAAAAGCUGCUACCUGAAUUGAAAAUAACCAAACGUUUGGAUCAGGAAGAUAUAUGUUGAUUAAAGUCAUUAUAGUUACUAUAGUAAA